AUGGAAAAGGUGCAUGCCAAAGAGAGCAGUCCGCCAGAUGGUGGCUAUGGAUGGGUUGUGGUGGUGUCAGCCUUCAUGGUGAUGGGCCUGACUGCUGCUGUUCUCAAGACUUUUGGUCUGUUCUUUGUUGAAAUCCAGGAGCACUUUGAUGAACUUGCAAGCACCAUUUCCUGGAUCACAUCAGUAACUAUUGCCACUUUUCAUUUAGGAGCCCCCGUUGCCAGCUCACUAUGUGUAAAAUACUCCCAUCGGGCAGUUCUGGUCACCGGAGGACUCCUCGCUUUUUCAGGAAUGGCACUGGGAUUUCUUGGGCUCAACAUGGUCUGGAUGUAUGCAACAACUGGCUUCCUACAGGGACUUGGGAUUUCCUUUUCAUGGACACCAGCCAUUAGUAUUGUUAGCCAUUAUUUUUCCAAGAAAAGAGCUUUGGCUAAUGCUAUUGCCAGUGCUGGAGAAUGUGCAUUUGCAUUUACAUUUGGGCCAUUCUUCCAGUGGUUGAUUGGCCAGUAUGGAUGGAAAGGUGCCCUCUUGAUCAUAGGUGGCAUCCAACUCAAUAUCUGUGUCUGCGGAGUGCUGAUGCGACCCUUGAAAAGCAACUGCUGCCUUGAGCUGAGCCAUUCUGAAACACCACCUGGCAGUGGUGUAUCUAGGAUAGAAAAAGAAGAAAAGUCUUCUACCACCCACAAAACCUUCAACUGGAUGCUUGUGAGGAGACCGGAGUUUGUACUUUAUGCCAUGUUUGGCAUAUUAGCUGCUAUGAGCUUUUUUGUUCCUCCAUUGUUUUUAGUUCCACUUAGCUACAGCCUGGGAAUAGAUGAAUCUUGGACUGCCUCCCUCCUAUCCAUUUUGGCUAUGGUGGACUUUGCAGGCAGACUGCUAUGUGGCUGGUAUGCCAAUCUCCAUGUUACCAAAACUAUUCAUUUACUGACAAUGACAAUUACACUGAUCAGCACUUCCUUGAUGCUGUUGCCACUGGCUAACAAUUACCUGUCCUUGGCAAUAUUCACUGGCUUCUAUGGAUUCUUCUUUGGCACAACAGUCGCUGUUCACAUUACAGUGCUAGCGGAUGUUGUGGGCAUGUCAGAUUUUGACAGUGCUCUAGGGCUUUUCAUGCUCAUUCGAAGCACUGGAGGUUUUCUGGGGCCUCCUCUUGCUGGUCUGAUUGUGGACAUGGCUGGAGAUUACAAAGCAGGCUUCUACAUGGCAGGAGCCACUCUUGUCCUAGCAGCUGUAUUUUUAGUUAUUUUAGAUCAAUUUCAACAAAGAAAUGAAAGAGGAAGUCAGACUAAUACUAAACCAGAGAAGUCAACAUUACCAUACCCUUCUCUCCAUUUCCUGAAACUACAGAACAGAAGUUAUCAAGAACAUGAUGUAGCCCUGUGACUACGUUGGACAUCUUACCACUUUUCAGGACUUAUGGAAGUGUCUGAUUUUCUCCAAAGUCAAUAUUAGUAGGAUUUUUAAAAUGGUGGAUGUUUUGGGUAGGAAUGUUUGAAACAGAGGAAGAAAGUCAGU